AAUCACGCACGUUUCUCCCUGUUUGCAGGUCAUUUUCCCAACAAAGCGAUGCCAUCGGCCGGCACGCUGCCAUGGCUUCAGGGGAUCCUCUGCAACGCCAACAACCCGUGCUUCAGGAGCCCGACGCCGGGCGAGUCUCCGGGCGUCGUUGGCAACUUCAACGACUCCAUAAUCUCUCGUCUGUUUUCGGACGCCAAGAAGAUUCUUCUGUACAGUCAGAACGAUAAAAACCUGGAGGGAUUCAAGGAGCUCGCUCAGGCUCUGCAUGUGCUGCAGGAGAGCCGGUCAGGUAGGAACCAGAACCAGAACCACAACCACAACUACAAACAGAAACAGAACCAAAACCACAAUCGCAACCAGAACCAGAACCACAACCACUACCAAAACAAGAACCAGAACCUA